GCCACUGGUCACCAUACAAGACCGCUCCAUACAAGGUGACAACCAUACCGUUACCAAGUUCUUUCCUCAACUAGAAACAGUUUUAAAGCAGCCUUCACCCAGUCUAUUGGUACAGUGUUAUAAAUCAGCCGUAAGGACAAGUACUAGCCUCAUCGCGCUACUACUUACCAGAUAGUAUAUCGGGUGGCCAUCAAUACACAGCAUCGGGAAACAUCCUCCGACUUCUUCUGGAUGAGAUAAACUAUCUGUUUCAUUAAUUUGAAAUAAUACAUCUUUGUUUUAUAGACGUGGGAAGAUAUUUUUUCUAAGUUUAAAAAAUAUAAAAGGUGAUGUGAUUUUUCUGAGGAAGUGACUCUAGCACUAGAAAUUUACAAGAUAACGUGACAAUAUGCCGAGGUCUUUCCUUGUGCGAAAGUAUCUCAAAAAGCAGCAGCAGCAGCAGCAACUGGAACAAAAGGAGAAGCAAGUGCGAGAGGAACAGGAAGAGCAUAUAGAAAAUCUUGAACUGAAACCUAAUGAAGAUGGACAUCAGCUGUGCCAUGUCGAGGAGCAUGCAGCCGCUGCAGCCGAAACAAAAUAUAAUGAGCUAGCAGAAUCCAGGGCACCCACGCCUCCGCUUGUCGAGGGGGCGGAACUAAAACGGGAACCUAGGCAAGAUUUGGAAAGCCAACAUGAUGUACCAAGAAGUUCGCAUAUAGUCCGAAAACCAAAGACGCUUAAGUUGCAGCCCUUCAGCCACGGGUAUAUGCAUAAAGACCGAAUAGACCCAAGGAUCAGCUACCCAUUCUCUCCAAUGUGUCAUGAACAAAAGCUUUACAACUUCAUGCUUCCGUCUCCGAGUUCAUUGCGCUGUGGUAUGGGAAUGACUGACCCUCUUUCUCCACUUCCGGUUUACUCCUUCCGGCAACACGAACUUGCUUCUCCUGGAUCACCGGUUACCCCAGUCAUCAGUCCAGCGCGGGAACAAGAGCUAGAUUUGUCCAUGAAGGAGGUUCGACGUCAGCAGCAGGAGCUAAUGGGCAAGGAUCGUCUCCAAUCUCCGGGUUUUCCGAACAAUUCAGACAAUUAUCAAGCGAAAAUGAAAGUUGAAACAAAAUGUACCGUGGACAAUGAACAAUAUCCUCCACCAUCUCUUAUGAGGCGAUCUCUCUUACAAGGCGUGGAGCUUGUUAACGGCGGAUAUGGUAUAAAGAACCCACUCCUAGCACACAUGCGCAUGGACGACGGUGCUACGGAAGAGCUAGCCGAACAGACCAAUGACGACAAAUAUAUAUGCAAAGUCUGCAACAAGUCCUUCCAGCUUCAGCGGCUACUCAAUAGGCACCUUAAAUGUCACAGUGAGAUUAAGCGCUACCUGUGCACCUUCUGCGGCAAGGGGUUCAACGAUACCUUUGAUCUCAAGCGACACACACGAACGCAUACAGGUGUCCGACCCUACAAGUGUGACCAGUGCGGCAAGGCCUUCACCCAGCGCUGUUCGCUGGAAUCUCACGGCAGAAAAGUCCAUAAUUCCGAUUACGCUUUUGCUUACAAGGAACGUCGGAGGAAGUUAUACGUGUGUGAAGACUGUGGACAUACGACGAGUGAUCCUGGAGCACAUUACGUGCACCUUAAAAACUUCCACCCCCAAAGUCCAGUCCUGAUGAAGUUCUAUGACAAACGACAGUUUAAAUUCGCGGAGGAGAAUGCCUUAAGUCAAUGCGCAAUACAGUAUUGAUCCAGACUUGUCUCUAACAACGUACACAUCUACCUACAUUGCUCAGCCUUGUCUGAAAAUUAGCAAAACUAUGUAUUAAAAACUAUGCAGUAGUGAAUAUACAUAAAUUCAAGUUUCAUCUGUGGUCAACUUCGAUUCACGUUCUGUUAACGUUUUUAUGAAAUUCGGUAAACAACCGGUACAGGAACUUGUGGAGAAAAGACAUUUCAUUAUGCGGAUGCAAAAAUAGCAUAACACGUGUAUUCUCGUUUUAAGGCGUUUUUAUAAAGACAUUUGCAAUAUACAUAAUUUGUGUUCAAAUGAUAGUUUUAUUACUUGUUAAUAUACUUUAUAUGUUUUUGAUCUCAAAAUGUUUUUAAUUGCUUUAAGUCUAGUAUAUGUUAUUAAGUUUAAUAUGUUUAUGUAUCGCUCUGCUAAUAUCUUCAAGUAAUAUAAUUUCCUGUUACUAACUCUUUGUAUAUAAAACCCAACCAAAGAUUUUAAGAUAUUUCUUAAUGCUGUUGCUAUUAUUUCAAACAAUUAAAUACUAUUUUUGAAUUUUUAUCUUAUUGCGUUCAACAUCAAAAGCGUUUCCACCAAAUUUUUAAUAAACGUUGUAAGCCAGACACUGUCGAUGUUAUCUUGCAUAAAAUGAGUUUAUAAGUUAUGCAUAUGUCAAAUCAUCGACUAUCGCAACGUUUUAUGUUAUUCUCUUCUUUAGGACUUUUAACCAAUAAAAGGUAUCAUUCAUUUUUCCUGAUUCCUAUAUACCGUUUUAUGAAUAAUGAAUUGAAAUCUAGACCGUUACUUCAAAAAUUCCAGUUUAAUUUUACAUUUUUAUAUCUUGCCCAACGCUAUUAUGAAUGUUAUGAAUAUUAUAUGAAUACUAAUGUGCAAUAUUAUAUACAGUUGAGAAUUUUCGAAAAUUUAUUAUAACACUGCAAAUGUUGACAACAAUAGAGAAUAUCAAAACCUUUCAAACCUGUAGCUUCUGAGUCAUGUACCUUAUCGAGAACUGAAGCGGUGGACGUAGCGCUAUGGAAGAAUGAACUGUAUGUACAGCGUAGGUAAUAAAUGCCAUAAUGAUAUAAAAAAAUGAUUUCGUGACAUGCUCAGUUAAUCCUCUUUAAACAGGAGUAUAUCUUUGUGUUACGUUCCAAACAAUCAAACGCGAGACUUGCAGUGUUUAUGGCACUACCCCUUGGAUAGUACAUGGCAAGGCAAGGGACACUAAAUGCAAUAGAAUGAAUACGUUAACAUAUCCCGUAUCUGAUGAAGCUUGUUUCUCUAUCUCCAUUUAAUGUUGAUAUUUAUCCCUUAGUUGUCCUUUUUUAACAAUCUUUGAUACUCUGAAGCCUGUUUAGUCCUCUUGCACUUAUUUGCUAUGCAUUUAAACUUAUUGACAAAACUUGCAACUUGAAUGUCAUUAGGUUUUUUCGACAUCGACAUAUCGAGGUUGCUGUAUCCAUAAACUCAAAAUAAAUGCCACAACAACAGUAAACUGUUUGUACAUAUUAAAUUUGUUUUCUAAAACUGUUUAAACACUUCGAUUGAAAUAAUAUACCGUAAACAAAAUAGGUUUUAGAAUUUGGUAUAUAUUAUAAAUAAAAACGAACAUGUCACUUUUAAUAACAAACAUAAAAAUGGUCGACAGAUCCAUAGAUUAAGGUAUAUGAAGUGGCACUCGUCUGCUUUAUAAUGUUAUGAUAUCCACUUUAAACUUAGUAUUUUGGUGCGAGGCAAGUCGGACUGCAUUUGCUUGUAAUUGGUUUGAA